GCGUGUUUCGCUUACUCGAACUUCACCUUGUGGAAGAGGAAGAGAGCUCCAUUGAAGUUUGGAAACCCUUAAUCCAGAAGAUACAGAUCAUCACAGAAAUAUUUGAUUCGAUCCUUUAUUACUCAUACCUCCUGGGAGUUUGUAUCUGCAGUAGAGGAACCAUGAAGAGCAAUGAACCAAAGAUGCCAAGAAUGGAGGACAUUCUUAACCUUCCAGUGCAAGAUCCACCUUAUAUGGAGUUCUCUGCUGCUCACAUAAACUGGGUAAAAAUAGAAGGUGGUCGUCAAGGUGGUGAUGAUAUUGCCCUGAUCCCCUUCGCUAGAGUGGAUGACUUCGUCAAAGGUGAAUCAACUAAUGCAGAAUGUCCUGCUAGCUUUCGCAUUGAGUCAAGAAGAAAGCGACCUGAAGGGAGUGUGACCAAGCCAAGGGUCGAUGGCUAUCUUGAAUACACGCUAUAUUGGUGUUCUUAUGGUCCUGAAGAUUAUCGAGAUAGUGAAUCUGGUGUUUGCGAUAGCUCGAACAAUAAGCCAGCAUCAGGGAAAGGUAGCAGGCCUGGAAGGCGUCAUAUGAUGAGAGGCUGCCUCUGCCACUUCACCGUGAAGCGCUUAUAUACUCGCCCUCUUCUUGCCCUCAUCAUUUACAAUCAGCGAAACCAUGUCGAUAAGACAGGCGCCCCUUGUCAUGGAAUACUUGAUAGGGAUGCUGUGGGUACUAGAGCUAUGUAUGCUCCUCGGAUUUCAGAGGAAUUACGUCAGAAAAUUAUGUCUAUGAUUUAUGUUGGAAUAGCUUUAGACAAUAUCAUCCAGCAUCACAUGGAAGAAGUAGAAAAGCAUGGUGGGCCUUGCAGCCGUGAUGAUUUUUUGACUCGGAAUGAUGUCCGCAACAUUGAUAGGGUGAUUCGUCAUUCCACUUAUGAAUUAGAUGCAAAUGAUAUAUCUAGUGUACGCAUGUGGGUGCAACGCCACCAGAAGCUUGUUUUCUUCUUCCAAGAUAUCUCUCCCACAGAAUCAUUUGUUUUAGGGGUACAGUCAGAGUGGCAGUUGCAGCAGAUGAUCCAUUAUGGGCAUAACAGUUAUGUGGCUUCUGAUUCAAAAUUUGGCUUGAAAAGACUCAAGUACCCAUUGUGUACUUUACUAGUUUUUGACUCGUGCCAAAAUGCAAUUCCGGUUGCAUGGGUCAUCACUUCCAGUUCUGAUGGUCAAGAUAUACAUAGAUGGAUGGGGCCUCUUGUUGAAAGAGUACGAACCAAGGACCAUAGAUGGAGUCCCAGUGUUUUUUUAAUGGAUGAUCCCUUGCUUGAUAUUUCUAUCUUAAGGGAUGCUUUCCAGUGUCGGGUCCUAUUGUGUCUCUGGCAUGUUCGUCGAACCUGGAUGAGAAGCCUUCUGAAGAAAUGCUGCCACUUUGAUGUGCAAAGAGAGAUGUUUAAGCACCUAGGCCGGAUUUUAUACUCAACAAGGAAUGGGCCAAGUGUUGUGGAUGCAAUAGAAGAAUUUAUACAAAUUUUUGUUGACCAAAGUGCUUUUAUGGAUUAUUUUAGGGACCAAUGGCUACCAAGGAUGGAUUUGUGGGUGAAUAGCGUGAGGACUUUGCCUGUGGCAAAUCAAGAGCCAUAUGCUGCAAUUGAGGCCUAUCACUUGAGAAUGAAGUCCAAACUGUUCACCAAUCUACAUGCUGGGUCCUGGCAUAGAAUUGAUUGGCUGGUCCACCUGUUGACGACUGAGUUCCACUCCUUGUAUUGGUUUGAUCAAUAUGCCGAAGAAACUGGGUGUUUUAGAAACCUGAGGGAUGAGUUCUUCUCAAAUAACUCCUGGUAUCGAGCAUUGUGUAUUCCAGAUGUUGAUGUGAUGUUGGAUGUGGAAGACCUCCGCCUCGUGAAGGUUAUUUCUCAAUCAGACAGGAGUCUGGCAUAUACAAUCUGGAAUCCAGGUUCAGAAUUCGCAAUGUGUGAUUGCCAAUGGUCCAGGUUGGGAAAUCUGUGUAAACAUGUAAUCAAGGUGGGCAUCCUGUGUAGAAAUCGCCAGGUUGCGAGGCCAUCAUUGGCUGCCCAAACUUAUAGGCAGGCAUUGCUGAACCUUCUGCAGAAUCCCCCAGAUGAUCCUAUAGUUCUUGAUCAUGCCAUUUUACAUGUGACCCGCCUACAGCAGGAUAUUAAAGGAUUAGAAGACUUAUCAAAUAGUGGCCUGCUCCAGCCUUUACCUCUUCUUGAGACAAAUACUCAGAUUGCUGAUAAUCUCUUGCCUCUACCACGUCUCCAUUGAUUGGGUGGUUGACCAUGGAUAUAAAAGUUUUUGUAUUGCUGUUUUACUUGAAUCUCUGGGGUUUCAUAUGAGCCAGUUAAGAAGAAUUCCCGUUCUGUCGUUGGCUGUGGAGGAACCUGAAUGCAGUCAAGAGGGCAAACUUGUAUGUUAAUCAGAAGAGCGUUUGCUCUGUAUGAAUGCUUAGCCUCUGCACUUUAAGUGCUUGGGCUCUUACUGGAAAGUGGUGUUCUGACAAUGUCGGAUUAUUAUGUCAGAAUCCAAAGGAGGGGGGGCAUUCACAAGGCUUUCUUCUAUAACAAAAAUGGGAAAAGUUUCUCUGCAAAAGCGGCAUAGGCUACACCAGCACUCUAUCUCUAUCUUCUCCUCUCUGCCCCCGAUUGAUGAACCGUAUUCUGUACUCCCCAUUGGUUGGCUCCCCCCCCCCCCCCCCCACCCCAGUUGGCUCAGAAAACCCUCUUCCAGUAAAAAUUAACCAAGUAUCCGACUGAGUUGGUGAGUAUGGUACAUUUUGGUAACACCCGGAACUGGGUUUGAGACCAUCUUCACUCACUUCGCCUACCAAAAAUCCCAAUUUCUUACCAAAAGAGCACAAAGUAGCAUGGAAAAGGACAAAAUGAAACUAAAGUAUAUGGGAUGAUCAAGUAGUCCUAUGCCAAGAUGCUGUCAAAUACCCAUACCUUUAAAGAAUUAUCAGCUCUUGCCUCAUUUGUUCUUCUCAAGGUACAAUUACUUGUGAAAAUUCCCAGCUUAAUUUAAUUGGUGAACCUUUAAGAUAAUCUUGUUUGAUAUGCUCUAGGCUUGGAGCGUUCUUUCUGUCUAUGUGUUUUUCUCUAGGAUAAGCUGCACUGAGAGAGUGAGAUGGCUCUUCAAUUGCAGUGAACUUGGAGUAUGAAUAAAUCAGUAGCAUAAUAUGAGUACAGUUGUUCAUAUCCUUCAUGCCUGAGCUGUGGAACUUCAACAUGGACUGGAAGGUUUAAAUGGAGUAUUUGCAGUGUAUUAAUGAUUUCGCAAGGCUGCCUGUUGUGUUGCCAUUCAAGUCUCUCAGUGAGCAUGUGAGCAUUUUGGUGGUUUUGUUCUCUGAAGAUUUACUUGUUACUCUUUUUGGUGCUCUUGUCAUCAACCUGACCAUGUGAUCAACUUACUUUGUUAAUGAGGAAUAUAUAUUGAGUGAAAAGUUGCAUAAGCUGGCAUAACCAAUUUUUGUGUUCUUAGAAGAAA